CGAAGGCACAGGUUAGAAGAUUACGAUUACAUUAAUUCAUAUUUGUAUAUCGACAUCCAUGACAGAGAUAGGAGUACCCCCACUGGUAUUGUGAGGGCGGCGGCAACACAGUGGACUGCAGGCACAAGACGUUCAUAAUGAUCUGUGUCUGGAUCGAUCUGCAUUUGUCCUGGAGCAGCGACAGCUCUGCAGUCAAUGAAUCGUUUUUUGAUUCGACAAACUGUACAGGAGACUGGGGUAUGGACUCACAUGCGAUAGCGUUCUGGAGAAGCGAGGCUGCUCUCUAUGA